UGCACUUCUUGAGAGUGAAGAGGCAAGCACACGACUGAUCACACAUCAGGAAGAUUAAGGAAAGCGAAAAUUACCUAGUAGAAGACGAAAAACCGUAAAAAUAGGCAAUAAUGAGUGCGUAGUGUAGAAUCUUUUCUGAGGGCGCAGAGCAUCGCAUAGUGGUCGAGGUGCUGGCAUGCUAGCCAGUGUUAGACUCCAUGGAAUGGAAUAGAAUGGAAAAGUGAUAUUCUCUACCUAGUGCGUACACGUUGCCAGCAGUCCAAGAUGAGCAGUUUCCCUGUGGAGUACCAGGAUUGGAUCCUCCUGAUCAUCACCUUCACAGCCCUUUUCACUUUCGUCUUUCCGUUCUACCUCACCGGGCUUUCGAACGCGCAGGCGAGACAUUUGGGGCAAUAUUUAUGACAGGGUGUUGACGAUUGUACGUAGUCUAGUGCGACUGGGAAUCUGUAAUGUUUAUCCAUCAGAUGAAGUAAGGGCAACUUCUAGGAUGAUUUUCCAUCCAAGUACGAUCCCCAUCCCGCCCGUCUUCAUUUCUCUUGCAACGGCGACUCUUGCUUUUCUACGCGGUCGGGACGGCAUGCAAUGUUACCUUCCUUAUCCUCGUUUUAGCCAUUCUUCCAGACUGUUAAGGCUAUUUAGUAACUUUUGACCGUACAGAAGAAGUGUGCAUGCUUUCCGGAUGAGUCUCUACUGAGAGAGAUCGAAAACUGAAGGGAUUCUUCUCCUGCGACUACAGAUUGACCAAUGGCAAGUGGUGGAAACAUACAACCCUCCUCUAAUACUCGGAUCUUCACAGUUACCUUGAACACAUAGGCAUCGGCAUUGAGGAGGUGAUGAGCCAUCUGAACGUAAUGGCAUCAAGCGGACUCGUCCUUUUUCUGUUUUUCAUCAUUUUCGCGUUGAAAGACAGGAUUAAGAUCCUUUUGGGCAUAGAAAACCAACCAUUAUUCAGGUACUAAUAUUUUUGAUAGUAUCACUCACACUCGUAUUAUAGGGUGGUUGUUACAUUUUUGUAUCUAAGAAAGAAGUACUCGCAUCUGGCAGGAAACAGGAUGAUGACAAAAAAGGAACUCGAGUACUUACUUAGUUUUAAACUAUGCUAGUUUUAGUGUUAGUUAUAACUAAGUUAUUAUGCAUAUAUGGCACCAGUGACUCCUUAGAGGACCUUCGAACCAAUUCAGCCACUCUCCAACUACCAGGAUCUCUUUCAAAGACUGUUGUGGUUUGGGUGGCUCUGACAAGGCGAUCGAGGUAUACGUCUACAAAGUCGAGGAAUUAGGCGCAGGCAGUAUAAUGCGAGCAAACGAUCUGUUUAUCGAAUGUGCAUUGGGAAGCAACGAAACUGUCCGGACACGAGUGCACAAGGGAGCAGGGAGUGGAGCGGUAUAUUUAAUGUAAGUAUGUUUUAUAUAAUGGAUGUUUCUUCGAUUUGGGUGGUGCUGAUUGUGUUUGUAUAUUUAUUGUAAGUAUGUUUCUUCAUUCAUUCAUUCAUUUACCUGUUCUGGAGGUAUCUUUUGGCGCAUGAGCGACUUCUAGCUCUGUGUUCUAAUAUUUUCUCGAAAAUGACGAAUACAACUUUCCGUCAUUACGCUAACAACGUGGUAAUCUUUUCUUUUACCAAACUAUAGCAGACUGUAGUUUUUAGCACGCAUGGAGUGCAGAGGACCCAUAAGUGGCGCAAGAAGCGCCGCCUUUGGCUCCAUGCGAUCCAUGCACUUCGUGCCAGUCGAGCGGUGGAACCUUAUAAAUCAUUCUGCUAUAUAUAAUAGAGUUGCUUCCACACCAACCCCCUGGACCCCUCUUUCCAGAUGAUAAAGGAGUACAUGCAAUUGAAUUUCGAUCCUGGGGAGGAAGAGGACAAGCUCUUUGUCUACUGCAGACACCAAGACUUGCUGUCUAGCGCAACUAUCGGGACGUUGGAGCUGAGUACAAACGACGUGAAGCAGAUCAUCGAGGUCGAUGAUAUACAGGAAUUCAGAUUAUGCUGGGAGAUAGAAGUCCUGGAAGUAUUUAGACGUAGGUAUAGAUGAAAUUCGUUGUUUUUGGAAGAUAUGAGUACCUUACCGGUCGAUCGCCGUAUCUUCAUAGAAAUAAAGUAUAGGUGGAGGAGCUACAGCUACUUCCAACUACUUCCGACUUUAAUCCCUUUUUUAGCAACCAAAGGGAAGACUCUGCUCUAACGUGGCUAUUCCCGCAAGGCAAGAUAUCGAUGUCCAUCGGCUAUGUGGAUACUGCCGAAGUAGAAGCAGAAGACGGCGGACCGGCGCCUAGUGGAUGGAGAAAAUUGUUGAAUACGUGCUGAAGUUACUGGUCAUUUUUGAAGUGAAGGCAAAAUGAUUGUUGUGAUGCAGCGAACAACUUGUCUCUUGGUCAUCACUGCAGCGAACAACAUGUCUGAGAUUUUCUUUUCCCAUGAUAUUUUGAUGAGCGCGCAUGCGAAUCAUAUUUUGAUGAGCGGGUUGCGAUGCUUGAUGCAAUCAAAAAGAAUCCUUUUAUUCCACCAGACUCAGAAAAUGUAUACCAAGCAGGUGAAGACUUCUGCUAGAAUAUCUACAUCAAGGAGUCCUGUGUUGGCGAACAAUGCAGCG